CUGUACUGUGGUGAGUGAAUGCAAUUGGGAUGAACAACAAUCUUAUCAUUCUUCUAAGUAGUCUUUUAAUAAGAUGUAGAUUAUCAACGCCUAUUUACAGAGACUGUUUAGAGGCGUUGUUUUUCAACAGUUAUAAUACAUCAACAUAUAAUAUUCAACCUAUCGCCAAUGGCAACAUAGCUGAAGUGAAAUGUUCGUUCUUGAAUGGAGAUAUUAUUGAAAUGGAAAUCGGUAACGAUGUUCAACAGAAUGUUAAGCUUAAGUCAUCAACCAAAAAAAUAAUUAAUAUAAAUUAUUCAACUCUAACUUAUGAAGAAUUAAGAGAAUUGAUUCAAUUUUCAAAGAAUUGCUCGCAGGAAAUGGCAUUACAAGCAGUUGAAGCAUCACCCAAAUCAUAUUCAUUCCAAUUCCUUGAUGGGACAAACCACCUUUUGAACAGCGCAAAAGAUGGCAUUUGCAAAUGCAUAAUAACUCAACCUUGUGAAACAAAUGCGGCUAACUCUUGUCCCAUGUCUGGAAAUUUAGAUUAUAAUAAGAAUUUCAAUCUUAAUGGGAAACUGGCAGUUUUAUCUGAAAGACUUCCACUGAUAAGAACCUCGUAUGGUGAUCUAAAUGAUCCUGGAGAAUGGGCAAAACAUACAAUACAACCCCUUAAGUGUCACAAUGAAAUGCAUAACAAAAUCAAGCUGUUGUUAACAGCCAAAUGUUCUAUGGACAUUGGCGUUCUGGUUGACAGGAAUAAAGAAACAUGCUUAAAACUCGACCAGUCGUCCAUUUAUUUGAGUUAUUACUCAAACAAAAUCAUUAAAAUAGUAAGCUCUUCGGAUAAAAACUUAAUGGUAACUGUAUACAGCAAAUUGGAAAAUGGAGGAAUAUUAGUCUGUAAACAGGAUGAGAAUAAUUUACAUUUCAACUGUGGAGAAAGAGCUAAUAGACUAUUAACUAUUCAUAUUUAUGCUAAAACACUCAUUAGCAUAUGCGAAAUUGAAGAAUGAACUCAUCCAUCUAAAUUCAUUCCUCCAUAAAAAUGAAUAGAGUUAAGUAACAAUUGGUAAUUUUCAAACCGGAAGUUGACACUAAAAUUAUUAUUGAUAGACCUCUAAUACUUUAGCCAUUUUGUCUCAUCUUGACAAGAAUUCCAGAUGUUUAUACUUUUUAUUGCUUAUGAAAUCCCAAAGAUAAAUGAGAAAUUUAUCGAUCAAACAAGAAAGUGUUAAAACAUAUUAUAUUGAUCUAUAAUUAUUGAUAACCUACUGUUUUUGUUUGACAUUUAUUCAUACCAUGUUAAUGACUAAUUUAAUGUUGACUUGGUAAUUAGUUUAUUAUGUAUUCUGUUAUUGUUAAAGUUCUGCUGCUGCUGAUGAUGAUGAUGAUUUUAUAGAAAAUUUAGAAUUAAAAAUCUUAUCUUACAAAGGGGAGAUAAAAUAUCAGUUUCAGUAGUUUUUUACUAUCAAUCAUGUACAAUCAUCAAUAAAUAUCUUCCACUUUGCAGGGUUGUAUUAUCACUAUCUUAGAAUAUUUUAUAUGUUUGAAAUCUUGGACUACCUGAGGAAAAGUUGAAAUUCCUUAUCAAAAAUUUUCGUUUGUGUUGAUUUAUUAACUAAUAAAUAAACAUAUCUUUUACAGAUAUAAUCUCCGUAAACUCUUAUAUCGCAUAUUAUCAAUAUACAGUAUUAUUUUCAGCCUGUCUAAUUUCCAAAUAUGAUCCAAUGGAAUUUGGCUGGCAAAUAAAGUAUCUGUAAUCUUUUAUAUUUUCUGCUGGACUAAGUUCAGUAUUGUCUUGGCUUUCGCAAAUAGUUGUGGUUAUUUUAUCACUCGGACUGUGUUUGAGUUUUAUAUCAAAAUUUUUGAGUUGGUCACCUAAGGGGAAUAAUCUUUAAUAUGAAAUUAAGAAGAGGAAGAGGAGGAGGAGAGAGAGAGAAAUGGAGACACACGCAUAAAGAGAAUUUCUACCUAAAGACCCACGUCUAUUUAAUAAACAGACUUUUUGUAUUUUAUAGACAUCCUUCAAAUUUACCAUCCAUCAUGGAGUGAAAUUUGAAUUCCCUGCAGUAUGAAUACACUCGAACAUUGAACCAACCUGACCUGUUGCUCUAUGAUCAUCAACUGCUUAAAAAGGCCAGCCAUCUAAUGAAAUUGUCAAUAUCUUCCAUAUAAUUUAAUUUAUCAAUCAUUAUUUAUGGUUAUCAUUAACGGGAGAAUUCAACUGAUUAGGCCGAAAGCCUAUAUGUUAGAUAAUUGACAUCAAUAGACGAAAACUAUCGAGUGUCAAUAAGAAUACGUUAUGUUGGCAUUUGUGUUUUGCUUUGUCGCCAUUUUUUUUAGUAUUAAAUAAUUUUUUGCAUAACAAUUGUUUAUAAAUAAAUAUUAGUAUAAUAG